GUUCACUGACAUCAAUUCGUCGGCGAUCGACUGAUCUUACCUGAGCUCUCCGGUCGAUUAGUUUUGCCUUUCGGUGCUCACAUGUUUCAUGUUUUGGAGCAGAAAACAUGGCAGCCCCCACCAGUGAAGUCCAGGUUGUUCCAGUCAAGAAAGCCACGGUCCGAGGCCCACGGCGGGCAGUCAAUCAAAUUCCGGAUGAAAUCCUGGAAGACCCACAGUUGCAGGAGGCGAUCAAAGCCCUGCCUCCGAACUACAACUUUGAGAUCCACAAGACGGUUUGGAGAGUGAGACAAGCAAAAGCUAAGAGAGUGGCUUUGCAGCUACCAGAAGGCCUGCAGAUGUUUGCCUGUGUCAUCGCUGACAUCGUGGAAAGGUUCACGGAGGCAGAUGCCAUCGUGAUGGGAGACGUGACGUACGGGGCCUGCUGCGUGGACGACUUCACCGCCCGAGCCCUGGGAGCCGAUUUCAUGGUGCACUACGGGCACAGCUGUCUCAUCCCCAUAGACGCCACGGCGGGCAUUAAGAUGCUCUAUGUGUUUGUGGACAUCAAGAUGGACAACGUACACUUCCUGGAUACCAUCAAGUUCAACUUCACUCCCGGACAAUCUCUAGCUUUCGUCAGCACCAUCCAGUUCGUGGCAGCGCUGCAGGCUGUGAGCGCAGCCCUCAAACCCGAGUAUGACGUGCUGGUCCCUCAGUGUCGACCCCUGUCACCAGGAGAAAUUCUGGGCUGCACCUCUCCCCGGUUGGACCGUCACGUCAAUGCCAUAAUUUAUUUGGGGGAUGGAAGAUUUCACUUGGAGUCCAUCAUGAUUGCAAACCCAGAUAUUCCUGCCUACAGAUACGACCCCUACAGUAAGGUAUUCUCCAGGGAGCACUAUGACCACGAGGCCAUGCGUGCCUGCAGGCUCCAGGCUAUAGACGAGGCCCGUUCGGCCCGGAGAUGGGGUCUGAUCUUGGGCACGUUGGGCCGCCAGGGCAGCCCUAAGGUCCUGGAGCACCUAGAGUCCAGAUUGAAGUCAAUGGGCAAGUCGUUCUCUCGAGUGCUCCUGUCUGAGGUUUUCCCCAGCAAGCUGGACCUAAUGUCAGACGUAGAUGCGUGGGUCCAGAUUGCUUGUCCACGCCUUUCUAUCGACUGGGGCACAGCCUUCUCCAAACCCCUGCUCUCUCCAUACGAGGCAGCUGUUGCUUUACAGGAGGUUGACUGGAAAGAAGUCUACCCCAUGGACUUCUACUCCAAUCAGAGCCUGGGGCCGUGGGCACCCAACCAUCCGGAGAACCAGCCGGCGCGUCCCACUCGCAGACCGACCCAGAAACCAGGCUCGGAGCCAGUGCCCCCCAUCAAGCAGUGCGGGCAGAACCCGGGUGCCCCCUGUGGCUGUCAGGGAGAAUGACACCACACUGAGCCAUGCUGCAUUUGACUCCGUCUUGCCACUGCUGCAAACAGCUGGAGGGAGGUCAGACCAGGCCAGAGGAGGAGGAGAGUGGGUAUUUGUCCAGACAGUGUAUCAACAAGCGCAUCUAAAGCCAGAGGAGCCCCAACCCGCUCCUCCAAUGGAUUACCAGCCAUAAAUAAUCCCCCAGCAAAUCAAACCAAAUUCAUUAUUCGCGUUCACAUGUUCUGCAUCGACUCAGAGCUGGAUGUACAUGCGACAGAACGGGAGAGCUUGUGCUUUUAAGCUCACGCGUGUUCACGUGAGGCCCAUUUCCAUAAAGGAGGAGAACUGACUGCUGUGGCGGAAAAGAAAUUCUGCCUGCACGAGGGAGAUGCAUCGACAUUUAUGCACUGCAGAUGCGGCUUUUGUGAUUGUUUGAGAGAGAGAGAGAGAGUGAGCACAGGAUGACCUUGAACACUUUGUAUAGAUUUAAAGACAUAUUCAUGUGAGGUGGCUUCAGUCAGAUACAAUCCACUUGUCUUUAGAUAAGUCAUUGUUGCUUAUCAAGGAUAAAUGUUGUCAGACGCUGACAGUGAGAGACGUUGUUGUGUUUCAAAGACAGCCAGACAAUGUAUUUCAUGAAGCACUUUGAAGUACAGGAUGUGACAUCUCUUCAAGAAUAAUAAGAAAAAUGCGAUGGAUAAAUAAUAAAACGUUUGUCGUUCUUGGUGUUCGAGGGAAAUUCUGCAACAAUAAAUCCGAACCCGAA